AUGCUCGGUUUGUUCAAGAGAGUCUUCGGCAGACGAGAAGACACUUCGUUAGUGGACAGGUAUACCAAGGAACUGACCGAGAUAACUGGGUCAAUCCAUGCGUUGGAAGCUAAGAGUAGUGAUAACGAGGCCCGGGUGAAACAUCUACAAAGACAGUUGACGUUUUACGGGGUUGCGUUUUGUGUGUUGAGAGUGUCGUACGUGAUGGUAAAUAGUGGUGUACAUACGCUUUAUGACAGGACGGUUCUGCUGAACGUGGUGGUGUGUAUGCUUGGUGUAGUGUGUGCGAAGCUGGGGCUGGGGAGAGUUGAUGAGUAUGUGAGACAUCGCCGAAUUGUCAGAAUCGACGAGCUGCGCAGCCAGCAUGCCGCCAGACUGGAAGCGUUCAAGAAAGACACUGAUUUCAAUCUGACGUCGUCGAUCAUCAAAAGGUUCUCUUCUGGUGCCAAUGAGAGCGACGACAUUGUGUUGCUUCUAGACGACGAGAUCCGUGGCAAGUACGAGGAACUAGACGACCUGAAGACGGAAUUGAUUGCGCUGGAGAAGAACGACAAGUUGAAGGACGCCAAGGAGCGAGACAAGUGGUUCGACAAGAUCAUCAACUCCCUUGCUGGAGACAGUGACUUGGGCCACCGGUACGCAGCGAUCCAGUGCGGGAAGUGCCAGCAGUUCACUGGUUGUUACCGGUUAGCCGGAGGCCCACUGCACUACAAGUGUGCCAACUGUGACGAGGUGAUUGAAGAGCCUGCGACGACGACCGGAAGUGGAUAA